AUGGAAUAUUUUAGAUUCAGUCUGAAGCUGCAAUUAACAAGACAAAUAAUUGUUAGUUUGUUCAAUGAUAUUUUAAUGCACAUGCAUGGAGUGGGUGAAUUUUUACAUUCUUUUAUGAAAGUUCCUCAAAUUUACUUUCAACCACAUCACAUUGAAGUCAAUUUCCAUAUAACACAUUUGACUUCGAAGAAGACCAACAGGAAGGUUUCAAUUAAGAGAAAAACCUGUUCAGGAUAUGUGAUAUCAUUAUGUGGUACUUAUCCGAGGGUGAGCACUUCCAAUAAUGACGCAGAAUAUGCAUUAGAAGACAUCGUUACAGCAUCAAAUUAA